AUGGAUCUUGUCAGCUCUAGCACAAGCGUCCUCUUCGUGCUGCUCCUGUCUCUGAUGCUGUUCCACCAGGGACUCCAGAAUCCACUGAGGCACUCGGAUACCUGCCAUUCAACCUCAGAUGGAGCCUGCACCUUGAAUUGCAGCUUAAUUGCCAUACAGAUUAUGGAGAAGCUCCCAAAAAUCAACCUCACUUAUGUUGAUGACAGAGCAAUACUGAGGGUCUUAUCCCCCUCAGCUGUCACCUUCUCAGCCCUUAUACUCCCCAGCUCUCACCCCCUCCCCAGCUCUUACAUGGAGGAUCCUUUGCCUUCUCAGAAUGAUACCUUGCAGAGAGUAAACCUGUGUGAAUUCCUGUCAAUGAGAGCAAAAUUGGAAGAGAAGAAACCGGAAUUGAAGGUUAUCAAGACCAAUCUUGAGAAACUUGAGUAUUGCCUGUCCACACCUGUGAGUGCCUCCAAGAUGGCAGGCAUCUACCUAGAAGAGGAUCUGGAAAAGUUUCAGAAGAAACUGAGAUUCUAUGUGAGCCAACUGAACAAUCUGCUGCCGGUACCUAGACCACCUCCUUCACCGUCUGACUCUGUCACUUCGCGCCCUGUGGUCAUGGAAUGUGAAGACAGCACAAUGACUGGAGUCUGA